GCCACAUCAAGCAAGAAGGCUAGUCUAUAUAGCAUCAAUAACUGCUGACUCCAUGGAUACAGAAAAAUCGUUGUGCUCGAUAUGCUUCAUCAAUGACUCGAAGUAUACCUGUCCUGCCUGUGGCACUAAAACAUGUUCUAUAGAGUGUGUCAGACGGCACAAGAAGCAAACGGAGUGUUCUGGAUUGGUUGAUCAGACCAAGUUUGUCACCAGAAAUGACUUCACGAAAGAUUCUUCACAUUUAAACAGAGACUACAAUUUUUUGUUGAACGUGGAUCGGUACAUCCAGUUGGGAAAGUCUGAUGUCAAAAUCAAUGCCAAAAAUGUGUUCAAGCAUGGGCCGGGAAACAACAAUCGAGGUAACAAGCGGUUCAAGCCCAACCAAGAGAACGAAGACAAAAGAAUCGAGGCAGUAAACGAAAUUUAUACCCAGAAACCUUCAACAGCAGUCAAAAGAGAAAAUGUCUUAGUUAUACAACUUCCAAGUGGAAUGCAUAGGUCAGUGUCGAACAAAACCGGCUACGAUAAGAAGACGAAAAAUUUCAUUUGGACAAUUGAAUGGGUCUUUUUGGGGGAUGAUAAUAAGGAAUUAUCAAGGUUUUUGAGCUAUAGACUCAAGGAACAUCUACUUUUAAAGGAUGCAGUCCCCAUGAACAUUUUGAAUAACCAUGGACUGUUUGAGAAGGAUUCGUUAUCAUUUUUCUUGGAUAAUGUCCUCAACAGAAGCAAACCCAAGCUUUCAUUGAUUGAGUUGGACAGAAACAAAGCUAUAUCAGAAAACUUGAAGGACAAGAUUGUCCUCGAGUAUCCUACCAUAUAUAUCACCUGUGGAGAGAUCUCCAAAGAAAUUGUGAUAACUGAGAAGGAGGCGUAUCAAAUAGAAGAUUCUGACUCGGAAUCAAGCUCUGAUUCAGAUUCCGAUUCUUCCUCGGACUCAAGCGAUUCUGAUUCCAGCGAUGAUGAUUCGAGUGACAGUGAUGGUGCACCAGAAGAGUCGUCUUCUAAGGCACCUAACCAUGAACCCAUAGUCCAAAGCGAGGUGGUUGCAAACCAGAGUCAAGUGCCAGACCAUCUUGUUGAAAGUUCAGCACUGGUCACUUUACCGCUUCCCGAAAAUCCAAUCAACUCGGAUACAAAUACUUCCGAGCCCCCAGCAUCUAGUCCAGCAUGAUAGAUAUCACUUUCUAUCUUUCCCAACCAUUCUAUAGCAUAGCCAUGUAAUAUAACUCUCCAAUUGAGCUGUGCGGUACGCGCACGCCGCGAUAUAUCAUCGCAACUAAAUGGAUAAUGAAUUGUACCAUCACAGCA